AUGAACGCGACGUCCUCCACCGGCCGCGCGCUGACGAUCCAGUCGCACGUCGUGUCCGGAUACGUCGGGAACAAGUGCGCGGUGUUCCCGCUCCAGCUCCACGGCUUCGACGUCGACCCGAUCCUGUCCGUGCAGUUCAGCAACCACACCGGGUACGGGUCGUGGAAGGGCGAGGUCAUGACGGGGGAUCAGCUCUGGAGCUUGGUCGAAGGUCUGGAGACGAACGGGCUGCUGAAAGGGUACACGCACUUGCUCACCGGAUACAUCGGCUCCGCGUCGAUGCUGCGAACCGUCGCGCGGCUCGUUCGAAAGCUGAGACAGCACAACCCCGACCUCGUGUACGUGUGCGACCCCGUGCUCGGGGAUAACGGGAAGAUGUACGUCCCCGCGCCGCUGGUCGGCAUCUACCGCGACGAGAUCGUGCCCCUCGCGACGUUAGUCGUCCCGAACCAGUUCGAGGCGGAGCUCCUCACGGGUUCACCGAUCGCGAGCGAGGACGACGCGAUCGCCGCGUGCGCGGCGCUGCACGCGAUGGGACCGCCGAACGUGGUCUUGACGUCCGUGGACCUCGACGAGAAGCGGUGCGAGCAGAGGUUUAAGAUCACCGUCCCGCGGAUACCGAGCUACUUCACCGGGACCGGGGAUCUGUGCGCGGCGUUGUUGUUAGCGUGGAGCGACAAGCUCCCGGGGCAGUUGGGACGCGCGGCGGAACGCGCGGUGGCGAGUUUGCAAGGCGUGCUGAGGAAGACCGCGCAGGCGCAGGCGGAGGCGGAGGCGGCGGGGAAGACGGGGAUAGGAUGCCGCGAGUUGCGGUUAGUUCAGAGCGUGGAGGAGCUCACGAGGCCGACGGUCACUGAAGAGGUGCAGUGGUUAGAGUAG